AUUCUAGUGACCGGUGGAACUGGUCUAGUAGGUUGUGCCAUUGCAGAACAAAUAAAGAAAGAAAGCAAUCCAGAAGAGAACUGGGUAUUUCUCUCUUCUAAAGAUGCAGACCUUACCGACGCUAAUGCCACUGCUGCAGUCUUUGAAAAAUAUAAGCCAACACAUGUGGUUCAUCUAGCUGCUAUGGUCGGGGGAUUGUUUAAAAAUCUAAACUAUAAUCUAGAAUUUUUCAGAAAGAACAUGCAGAUCAAUGAUAACGUUCUUUACUACAGUUAUAAAUAUCAGGUCGAAAAAUGUGUUUCUUGCAUGUCUACCUGCAUUUUCCCGGACAAGACGACUUAUCCUAUUGAUGAGACCAUGAUACAUAAUGGGCCUCCACAUGACUCUAACUAUGGAUAUGCGUACUCUAAGAGAAUGAUUGACACUUUAAACAGGGGAUAUAGCCAACAAUAUGGAUGCAAAUUUACGUGUGUUAUCCCAACGAACAUUUUCGGAAAAUAUGAUAAUUUCAAUAUAGAAGAUGGUCAUGUAAUUCCAGGAUUAAUACACAAAAUGUAUUUAGCAAAAAAAAAUAACGAACCUUUUCCUGUUUGGGGAAGUGGCAGUCCGCGUCGUCAGUUUAUUUAUGCCUUGGAUCUAGCGAGACUUUUUAUCUGGGUCCUUCGAGAGUAUGAAGAGACGGAACCGAUAAUUCUUUCUGUUGGAGAGGAAGAAGAGGUAUCGAUAAAGGAGGUCGUCGAUAUGGUUGUUGAAGCUAUGGAAUUUAAAGGACAGAUCGUUUACGAUACUUCCAAAUCCGAUGGACAAUUUAAGAAGACUGCCAGCAACGCAAAGUUAAGGAAAUACUUGCCAGAUUUUGCCUUUACACCUAUCAAGCAAGCUUUGGCGGAAACAUGUGAAUGGUUUUCGAAAAAUUAUGAAACGGUACGAAAAUAG